UCUGUGCCGACAGCUCCCACAGCCAGGAAUCCGCUCACCGCUCGUCCAAAUUAAAACGGGACCUCCGCGAUCCACUUGAUUAUUCCCGACCCUCUUCACUCAGCGAAUUAUUCCAGGAAGCAGAACGGCUUUUGCAAAUCCUCGCCUUGCUCAUAUUUACAUAUAUAGAUUUUAUUUCUCUCUCUCUCUAUCGUCCGCCGGCCACUGGAAGUACCUCUGUUAUUGUUUUUUUAUUUUUUUUUUCUCUUUUUUUAUUUUUUUAUUUUUUGCAACACACGGACGCUCAGUUUCACGCCGGGAAGGGAAGACAAACCUCGCCGACAUGUGCAUGAGACGCUGCUGCCAGUUUCAGACUCUCCUCGCCGUUUUGGCUCUCGCCGCUGUCGCCGCUCAAAUCCACGGGGAAGGUCCAAGAAACUUGAACAGCAUCAGUAAGAAAGCUUUGGAUGGAGACAGGGACCUCUUCACUCACUUACCCACACAAGACACAGAAAGUGAAGUUCACUCAGUCACCUCUGUCUCACCGAUGAACAUGCCCAACCACCGGCCUAUCCUCAAGGGUCUGCUGCUUCACGAACACCUACUAACAAGAGACUUCCAGGGAGACCAGCAUUUUUUCAAGAAGGAUGGCUCUGUGGCUUUAGACCCCACCAUGCCCGGUUUUGUCUCGGCUCCGAAUGCGGGAGACUCCAUCACUCAAAUCGUGGCCCACAAGGAUGCCCCGGCCUUCUCGGACAUUGCCACCACUGCCACAGAGCCUGCCACCUCUCCGCUUACCACAUACUCUCCAACAACACCGGGGCCACCCGUCUCUCUCCCUCUGAAGAAAUCACCCAAGGAGAAGAUGAAGGAUUCAGGCGAUUCAGAGCCAACAACAGAUUCCCUCACUACUCAAGUGACACCAUACAGCAGAGGGCCAGGCACUCCAGUGGCUAUCUUAUCCUCAAAGGAAAGACAUUUUCCAGUUGAUGUAACACCUGGGCCCUUUUCAACAAUUAUGAAGAAAGACCAGGCUGGAGAGAAAUUGAACCCCGAUCAUCUAAUCUCUAAGCUUCCUUCGUCAUUUCAAGAAGAAGAUCCCAGCUUAGCAUCUACGACCGUCAUCACAACUAUGAUCACCACAAUGCAAACAUCAGAGCCAUGCAGCAUGAAUUUUACUGAGUCUGAGGGCAACAUUGCAAUCCAGCAGCACGUUGACCCUGGGGUGGAAUGCACCUACUUGAUCACUGUCUACCUGGGAUAUGGCAUUGAGGUUCAGGUGCUAAAUGUGAGCGUGAUGGAGGGAGAGCAGAUAACAGUGGAGGACACAGGUGGUCAAGAACCUUUCAUCCUCGCCAAUGAGUCGGUGCUGAUGAGGGGCCUUGUUCUGCGCAGCUGGAGCAACCAGAUCUCGAUUCGUUUCCGUGGCAAUCAGCGGCUCAAUUCAGGAUUCCUCCUGCUGCACUACCAAGCUUUUGUGCUCAGCUGUACAUUCCCCAAAGAACCUGCGGGUGGAGAAGUUUCAGUGACCAAUCUCCAUGCUGGUGGGGAGGCCUACUUCAGUUGUUUUACUGGAUACAAGUUGCAAGGUCCCAAAAUGCUCACAUGUCGCAAUGCAACUACCCCCUACUGGAGUGGAAAAGAACCUCAAUGCAUAGCAUCCUGUGGGGGGAUGAUAAAGAAUGCCACCUAUGGUCGUAUCGUCUCUCCUGGUUUCCCUGGCAACUACAGCAACAAUCUGACCUGCCACUGGGUACUGGAAGCCCCCGAAGGCCACCGGCUUCACAUUCACUUCGAGAAGGUUGCUCUGGCAGAAGAUGAUGACAGGCUGUUGAUAAAAAAUGGGAACAACAUUGACUCUCCACCUGUGUAUGACUCCUACGAAGUGGAAUACUUGCCAAACGAGGGCGUGCUCAGCACCGGCCGUUACUUGUUUGUGGAGUUCACCACAGAUGGGACGAUGACAUCCACUGGAGCAGCCAUCAGAUACGAAGCCUUUGCAAAGGGGAUGUGCUAUGAGCCUUUUGUAAAGUAUGGCAACUUCAGCAGCAGUGACUCCACCUACAGCAUGGGGGCGGUAGUUGAAUUCUCAUGUAAUCCUGGCUACACGCUGGAGCAAGGUUCCGUAGUGAUUGAGUGCGUGGAUUCUCAAAACCCACAGUGGAAUGAGACGGAACCCGCCUGCAGGGCUGUGUGCAGCGGAGAGAUCACAGACUCUGCUGGCGUGGUGUUGUCUCCUAAUUGGCCCGAGGCCUACGACAAGGGGCAGGACUGCAUUUGGGGCAUCCAUGUGGAAGAGGACAAAAGGAUCAUGCUUGACAUCCAAGUUCUCAAUCUGGGUAAGAACGACCAACUUACAUUCUACGACGGUGACGACCUGACGGGCAACAUCCUGGGCCAGUACAGCGGCGCACGGCCGCACUUCAAGCUCUACACAUCCAUGGCUGAUGUCACUAUUCAGUUCCAGUCGGAUCCUGCCACUAACAUCUACGGCUACAACAACGGCUUUGUAGUUCACUUCUUUGAGGUGCCAAGGAAUGACACUUGUCCCGAACUGCCGGAGAUCCCCAACGGCUGGAAGAGCACAUCCCACCCCGAUCUCAUCCAUGGCACAGUGGUCACCUACCAGUGCUACCCGGGAUUUGCGUUGGUAGGCUCCGAGAUCCUCAUGUGCCAGUGGGAUCUGACUUGGAGUGGUGAUGUGCCAAAGUGUGAUGAAGUCCUGAUGUGCCGCGAUCCAGGAAGCGUGGAGCACAGUCGGAAAGUGAUCACAGGCCCCCGCUUCAAGGUCGGCUCCACCGUGCAGUUCAUCUGUAACAAAGGCUACGUUCUGUCUGGCUCCAGUCUCCUCAGCUGCAACAACCGGGACUCAGCAGUACCCAAGUGGAGCGACAGACUGCCCAAGUGUGUCCCUGAGAAGUACGAGCCUUGCAGAAACCCCGGUGCAGCUUCCACCAGCAUCCAGAGCUCUGAAAAAGUCUUUUAUCAAGCGGGUGAGACUCUUACGUUCUCCUGCGCCGCAGGCUACGAGCUGCGCGGUGGUGCCACCAUCUAUUGUGUCCCCGGACACCCGUCACAGUGGAACAGCACUCCUCCUGUCUGCAGAGCAUCUUCAGCGCAGUAUGUGAAUCAACAAAGGCUUGAUGUUGUUAGUAUGGAUUACAGCAUGGAGGGGACCAAUAUUACCCUUGCAGUUUUUAUUCCAACUGCAAUCGUCUUGGUGAUUGUUUUGGGGAUUUAUGUCUACUUUGCGAAACUUCAAGGGAAAUCUGUCAGAAUGCCGACAUCCUCUCCACCGUAUGACAACAUGACGGAAGAGUCGGCUUUCGACAACCCCAUUUAUGAAAGUGGACAUUGGCAGACCCGUUGUAGAUACUAAACCCUGUCAGUAUUUCCACUUUGGCUUUACUGCACAACAACCACAAGGUGAGAUUUCCCUCUAUCAACUGAAGCCACAGCAUGUUCACUGUCCAGUGAUCCGGCUGCCACACGUUUUUAGCUUUAUCUAAUGAUAUUUCCACAUAUGUUGACCUUGUUAUUGAUUACUUAUUGCUAAUUCAACUGAUGAAAAUACCACAGUAGAUGGUUUUCAUAAGAACUGUGAAUAUAUUCAUUUCCUAAUGUUGUUGUAAAUUCUGCAAAUACAGCCACACAGCUUUCUAGGAGUUUGGCUUACAAAUAAAACAACAAACCUGUAGCAGGUAUGAACAGUCUAGUUCAGUAAGGAACUGAAAUUAAACAUUUAAGAAUACUUUUAUUAGGACCUCUAACAAAAUGAGAAGGGAGCAUCACUUGUUAUCUAGUAAAUACCAAUUAUGCAUAAAUUGCCAUUUUAGUUUUUUACUUGAAUAUAGUUUCCUUUCCUGUUCUUUCUCUUUGAUGUUAAUCAAUCAGUAAAUGUGAAAGCGGAAAAUGCUUUAAUGUUUGGGGGAACUUCAAAGGCAGUUUUUGAAAUGGCCAAUGUGACUCACCACCAAAAAUAGAAGAAAUAAAAUACAUAAAUUGCGCUUAUUGCUUCCAGAACAAGCAGAGUUUUUUUAAAAGCUUGCAUGUCCCAUGAAAGGGGAGAGACUGUCGCAUGUGUUGUGAGUACUGCACAUACAUAGAUAGCUAAAUAUCGAUUUCUGGUUUUCAAUUUGUAGCAACUAAAACAGGCUACUUUAAUGUUUCUGUUUAGGGAAUCUCGAGUACAUUGGAGCGUGUCUCGUUCAAUAUCUAAAAUGAAAGCUAAAUAUGGCUGUUCUGCACUUUAAAAUUCAGCUUUUGGAAAUAAAAACCAACAUUCAUCCUAAAUGUGAAAACCCAGAAACUAGGUAAUUGGGGGGGAGGAGGUGCAGAAAGAGAAGAGUGUCAAGUGUGCUACUACUUUUGGUUUAUCUGCUCCCUUCCAAAGAGUCCAUUACAAUCAAUGGUUAUAAUCAAGUCAUUUCUGAAUUGUUUAUUGGGGAUUUUGUGUUUUUGUGUUGACAUGAUUGGGAUAAAAUAAACCAAAAUAAGUGACCAGAACACUUAAACUGUGCUAAGAAUAUCUUAAUUAAACACAUUAAGCUUGAACUGUAACUUUAAUGAAAUUUUUAAUCGGUCAUCUCUCUGGUUUUUACAGGACAAAAUGAGAAACUUUUAGAGGUGUCCAUUUAAAGCAGGAGCUGCUGAAGCUUUGGCUUUUGGGACCCUCUCUGCACUGCUCAUGGUUUUUUGCCAACACUUUAUUUAAAUCAAUAUCUUCUUUCACCUUCUGCUAUCUUUGUAUUAAUGUAAAUAAGUCUCUCUUUCCUGCACAGUCGAAUCUGUGAUCCUGUUUAACGCCAUGGUGAUAUUUUUAUAAAGUAAGUCAUCGAUGACCAUUGGUGAUUGUAUGUUUUUAAGUACUUUUCCAUGGCCUCAGCGAGUUACAUUUAAAGAGAAGGGAAAUGGUUAGAGUUUUGUUUUGGGGUUUGUUUGUUUUUUUUUUUUGUUUUUGUUUUUUUACAAUCCCCCGACAUUCCACAGUUUUUGUAAAUUUUAUCAUGACUUUUUCUUUCUUCUUCUUCUUCUUUUUUCUGUGUGUGUAUGGGACUGCUAUUUGUAAAUAAACUGCCUGUCCAAUAUGAGUGCCUCACGACUGACUAUAACCUGAGAGAUCACACAUGAAAACAUUCGUAUGACUUGAAUCUAGAUUGAACUAUUAUUUAAUAUUGUUUCGGCUUAACGUAGCACUCCACCUUACCUUCAUACAAUCUCUCUUCAAAGUAUUUAUGGAAGGAUCUUCCACCAGCCGAUGUGUGGUUUCCAGCAACAUACAGGCUCAGAUACGUUUCUCAUUCUUCAUGAAUGCCAGUGUUCUUGCUGUACGCUACAUCUUAAAAUCUGCCUCAAAGACUCAGUAGCAUCAACUGGUCACAGCUCCUGGCUGUGUGAACCCCCUCGUUUUAAAACACAGAAACAUAAUAAUUCAGUGAUGUUACAAAAAUGAUUUGCAUAGCGCAUUCUGUAAAAUAACAAUAAAUAUAUAUAUGUAUAUAUAUAUUUAAAACUGAGGAGUGGCGAUGAAGCUGUUUUGCAUCUCCUGGUGUUGAAUUUGAAGAUGGACAUAUUUAUCUCAUCUGUGUGUUUGCUUUUCGCUGUAAAAGCUGUUUUCUUUCAGCCUCACAGCCGCUGCAGCCACACCCAGGAAACCACAUCACCUUAAGUGUAUAUAUAUGAUUCCCUGAAUAAUAAUAAAAUUAAAAAUUGUUUUAAUCUCUGUCA